CCAGUGAUAACCCUUAAUGAAUCACCAGCCAGAGACUUUCAGACCUGCUCUACUGCCCUGGAGGACCAACCGCCCCACCAAGUCCUUACCCAGAGAGCUCUGCUCUGCCCUGGCCUCCUCAGAGUGUCUACAGCUGCCAGCCUGGCCCCCAGAGAACAGGACAGGAAGAAGCACGUGUAUAAGAGAGAUCCAGAAGGCCCCUGUUACAUUCCACUACCUCCAGACAAGACCAAUCCAGUACCGCAGAGUCACAGGAUUUAAGAAUUAGAAGAGCCUCAGAGGACAUCUAAUCCAACUCAUACACAAUAGGUAUCCCCAUUGUAACAUACCCAAGUGGUCAUUCAGCAUCUGCUUGAAGAGUUCCAAGAAGGGGAAACCCAACACCUCUUGAGACAGCACAUUUGCCUUUUCAUAAAUUUACAAUUCCUAUCUGUUAAAAAAAAAAAUGACCUGCAAUGAUUCCAGUAAUGGUAGCCAGGAAAUUACUACCUGUUUUCCAAAACCUGAUCGUGACACAGAACCCCACAUCACGAUCUUCUUUAAUUUGAUCACUUGCCUCUGUGGGCUGCUGGGAAAUGGUGUCGUCUUCUGGUUUCUCAGUUUCCACAUUAAGAGAAGCCAUUUUACCAUCUACAUCCUCAAUCUGACGGUUGCUGACUUCAGCUUCCUCCUGGGACGAAUAAUUUGGUAUCUUGCCAAGAUUCUUUAUAUCUAUACUAGCAAGCUUCUUACCAAGUGCCACAUGUUUUAUAUAUGUCACGGAACUCUUGUAUUCAACAUAUUUGUAUACAAUACAGGGCUGGGCUUCCUGAUGGUCAUCAGUGUGGAGAGGUGUCUGUCCAUGCUCUUUCCCCUCUGGUACAGAUACCACCGUUUGAAAAAGAAAUCUUCCAUCUGUGCUUUCAUCUGGUCCCUCUCGGUCUUCAUGGCUGUCCUGGAGUUUUACUUUGAGAUCUACAUGGGGGAUACCUACAAGACCUGGAGAUACAUCAUCAGUAUCUUUAGCUGUGUACUCAACUUUCUGGUGUCUACACCCCUGAUGGUUCUGUCCAGCUUGAUUCUUUUCCUGAAGUCCUGGCAGCAACCCAAACAGCACCACCCUGCCAAGCUCCACAUCACCAUUUUGGUGACCAUCCUCAUGUUCCUUCUCUUUGGCCUUCCUCAGAAGGUUUGGUUUGUUGUCCAUUUUGGGUUCAAAGUGGCUAUCCAUAGGUCUAUCUCUAUUAUCUUUGAGCUUCUCUCCUGCAUAAAUAGCAGUGCCAACCCUGCCAUUUACUUCUUUGUGGGCAACCUCUGGAAGAAUAAGAAAAGAAGGUCCCUGAAGCUGACUCUCUUGAGGGCCUUCAAGGAGGAUUUCCAAAGGACAGAAGAUGGAAUGACCCUCCCUGCUACCAAGUCAGAGAUCAUAGGGAGGAGGGACACACAGAAGUAGUCCUGAAACCACAUGAGUGUGAGAGCUUUCUCACUGCAAAGGAUCCUCUGCAAUUUUCCAAGCCUUCAGUAAAAGAAGACAUGACUCCACCCCCCCCCCAUAGUUUCCCCAUGAGAAACCAAGGCUAGUAUGACUUUGAAUUUAUAAUCUGGGGACAAAGAAUAACAAUAAUACUAACUGAAAUUCACAGAACUCUUCCAAGUUUUCAAAGCACUUUACAGACAUCUCAUCUGAGAUGUCAUCAGUGUGGAUGACAACUCUGUCAGAAAUUAUUCCUAUUUCACACAUGAGAAGGAACCAAAGGCUCAAAGAUUUGGCCAGAGUCAUAUAACUAGCAAAUGCCAAAGGUGAGAUUCAAGUCUAGGUCUUCCCGACUCCAAGCCCAGGGCUCUAUCCACAAUACCACACCACCCCUCAUGUAUAGAACAAAGGCACGCCACUGAAAGUCUCAAUUCCAGUGAAAGACUGUGAUUUUUUCCUCCUACUAGACUAUAAACAAGAACUGUGGUCUUUAAACAUUUAUUAGAUUAACUAGUCAAUACAUUUCAGAGGUUGGCCUUAAGCUCAGCCUGUAUUCAGGGGGUCAUAGAAGUACCUGGUAUUCAGUAGGUACUCCAUGAAUAUUUGUUGAAGAAAUAGAACCACUGAUUGGAGGCUGGGAGGGACCUCAGAGGCCAUCUAACCCCCCUCAUUUUACAGAUGAGGAAACUGAGGCCCAAAGAAGGGAUUGAGCUAUAACCUAUGGGUCCUUAUCAACCCCUGUCCAAGGCUGGACCAAUCCCAGGACCUAAUGUUCUGCCCAAGAUACCCCACCACAUCUCUGGGGUCAAACAGCAGUCCUAGCAGAGGUGGGUAGGAAGCCCAAAUGGGGAGUCAAGGAGCCAGAACAGUCUUCCCAGGAAAUUCUCAGUUGGAGGCUGAGCCAGGACUCUUGACUCUAGAACUCCUAUAGGGACACUGGGCAGAGGCUUUGGAGAAUGACUUCCUCUUCCCCUCCCCUACACCAAAGUUCUCCAGAACAAUCUGGUGCCCAGACCAGAAAGAUAGGGAAAAAAAAAUCUGUCAUAAUCACGCAAGGGGCCCGGGAGCCAAGGAAGGAAUUAAUAGAAAAUUGGGAAAGAGCCAAGAGAAAUUCAGCCAGUUGGAAAGAGGGUGUCAACAUGUUUGAGCCUGGAAGCUCGAGCAGUCCUGGGAGGACAAUCAAUCUUUCCCUGGGUUUAACAGAGACUCGAGAGAUGCCAGAACAAGGCAUCUGCACUGCCACCACUAUCACAGUUUCCAGGGACACAGAAGGAGCUCAGAUUCCCAAGCUGGAAGAGCAACCCAAGCAAACCCAGGCAAAGACUGAGCCAGGAUGAAAAGUGGGAUGGGAUUUUUCAUAUGAACAAAGGGUAAUAGAAGGCAGGAUUGGAUGGAAGCAUGAGCUCCAGCCAAAUGGAAAUGGUGUCUUGUGUCUGCACCAGAUACAUAUGGAUCAUGACAUAGCCCAGGUACCCCAAAGAGCUCGAGCACCUAAGGACAGAGGGAUGAGCUGACGAUGAUCAGCCCAAGACAAAGAGGAAUGGACUGGAACAUGGUGGGAUGGAUGUUCCUUGAGGGCAGAGGCUAUUUCCUUCUUGUCUGUCCCCCAACACCUAGCAUAGCGCUGGGCACAUAGUAGGCACUUAAUAAAAUUUGGUUCAGCUGGAUUGACUAAGGCAGCAUGGUCCAGGGGACAGAGCAGUGGACUGAGCACCAAAAGUCCUAGGCUCCAGGGAUCCCAGCUCCAACACUUCCUGGCUGUGCGGCUGUGGGCAAGUUGCUAGAUGUUUGUACUUAUUUCUUUAUCUGUAAAAGGGAGACAGUGAUGCUCCCACUGCCUCCCAAAGCUGCUCAGAAUCGCUGUUUGCUUUGUAAAGCUGCCUUUUGGAGUCAGCCUGGAGUGGUGGCUGGAGAGUGGCUUGAAAUCAGAGGCUCAAAGACCACCUGUGAGCAACCCUUCCCCUCUUCUGAGGAGCCUCAAUUCCUCAUCUAUAAAAUGGGAGGGUGGACUCAUGUCCUCUAAGGACCCCUCUACCUCUGAGCCCAGGAUCCUCUGAUCUUUUGUAGCAGGAUAAAAUGGGAAGGAAGGAAAUAAGCAGUUCUUAAGCACCUACUUGUGUCAGGC